AUGAACGCCAUCCAGCAAAGAUGUCGGCCGAAGCACCAGGUCCUCGUGCUCAAGUGCUACCCCCGGACAACAAAGGGAGCCGUCGACGUCAAGCCAAACUCCAGCGAGCUGAGCUACCUGCUCUACUAUGCGACCUCGCGCAAGACAAAGAUCCAGAAGGUCGCCAGCUUCCUGGAAAAGAAGACUGCCAGUGACGUCUGGCGCCUGCGAAUUGGCAAUGUCCAGGUAACCCUUCAGAUCCUCGAGGCGUUGAUCGAGAAAAACCCAAAGGACCUGCCGCUCUUCGCGCCGUCCGUGCUGAAAAUCCUCGACCUCAUCCUGCGCUCCAACGACAUCACCAUGGUGGAGUCGUCGAUCCCUACAUUCGAGGCCUUCUGCGCAAACCACGAUGCAUCGUCGCUCUUCGCCGACCAAGCUUACCUCAAGCAAUACGAGUCUGUUGUUCACCAGUAUGCCAAGCUCGCCUCGACGCGCGGCUCGCCGGGCAAGACCCAGCCCAGCAAGCCGGUAGCCAUGCGAUGGAGGAACUCGGGACUGGAGGCCAUUAGAAGUGUCGCUUCCUCCGAUGCGCUGUCGUCCAUUGCGGGCCGCCAGCUCGACACGGUCGUGCCGAUGAUUCUGGAGAAUCUGUGGACGGACAAUGAUGACUUCCUCGAGGUGUUGCUGCAACGCGCGGAGCUGGAGGAGAAGGUGGGCACGGAGCGGCUCCUCAAGCGGAGGACUAGCAAUGCGACGGUGAGGACAGCCGAUACUGCCGGAGACACGAAUCCGAUAGCCUUGUCGGGCUCUGCCUGGGAUGUGGAUAAGUUGGCCGAGGAGGACAUUGGUGUGCUUGCAAUGCAGUGCCUGAAGCAGAUUUUCAUCAUUCCGAACCGAUCUCAGAUCCACGGGGCUACCAGUGCCCUGCUCAGAUUUGUCGAAGAACGCAUCACACAGGGCGAGACCGUGGUUAGGACACAUAAUAACAAAGACGGUGGAUGGGCUAUCAAGAUGUUUGGGCUGAUUUCGCGGUGGACCCCUGUGCAGGAUCGUUAUGUCAUUCUCGUCACGGCGUUGGACAACUUGAUACGGAAGCCGCUUACAGACGAGACAUUGCAGCAGCACAUUGUUCUGACUGCAAUGAUCGCAUCCCUUCUACGUUCGGAUGUGAACUUGAUCGGGCUGAGUGUCAUGGAUGUUCUGUUGGGGCUAAUCCACCACAUGAAGAGACUUGUGCAGAUGCCAGGGGAUCCCAGUGGUGGAGGAUCCGGUCAGAACGAGCCCCUAUCGCCAACCGUUGCCGAGGCUGUGGAGAAAUUUGCUACAGACCGAAAAGAGUUACUGAGCCGGAUUCAACAAUGCGUGGGAGAUUUGGCAACCCAUGUCUACUACGCGGAUCAGAUUUCUGACAUGAUCUCUGCGAUAUUGCUCCGACUCAAGCCGGCAAGGUCGAACAGCACGGCAAACUCCUCUCCUCAUAACGAGAAGGCAGAGAAUCCCACGACUUCGAUUACCAAUUUCUCCGACGAUGCGCAUGCCGAUUCCCUAUUUUCGCUAACUGUCGCCAAGACGGCUGCUUUGAAGUCCAUCAAGGGCAUCUUAUUGGUAGCCAACCCAAAGACGAAGAUCAGCGGCAACGUGAGCUUGUCAAGGAACCGAGUUCCAAUCCAGGUUUGGGAAGGGACUCAGUGGCUGCUUCGCGACCCUGAUGGGCAGGUUCGCAAAGCGUACGCAGAUGCUCUUCUGACCUGGCUCGACCGCGAGACAACCGCGGCGGACCUGAAAGCCCGAGACGAGAACGCGGUGACCCAACGGUCCCCAUUGAAGAGUCGAGAACUCGCAACUACAGCGAAUGCACGACGAGCUGUCUCGAGCGCAUCGAACAGAGAAAAACCGGCGCAUACACCUCGGUCGCAUUUCUUGCAGCUAAUUCAUGUUGCUAUCUACGAUAAUGCUUUGACAUAUGUCGAUUAUGAGACGGAUAUUGUUCUUUUACAUGUGCUUCUCGCGAAGCUCGUCAAUAAAUUGGGGGUGAAUGCGGUGCGAUACGGGCUUCCAAUGAUUUUCCGACUUCAAGAGGAUAUUCAGGAAGCAGAAACCCCAUUGCACAAGGUUCGACUCGGUAGUCUGUGCCAUGGGUACUUUUGGGUGUUGACCGAGAAAUUCGAUUUCGAUGCGUCGGUGGUUGGCCGCGCGAUCCACAACGAAAUUAUUCGGCGCAGAAGUAAGCAUUUCUGGGUUGAAGGCGUCCAUAUUCCAACGCCUCUACUGGAGCUGGUUGGUACACCCGGUAUGGCGAGACCUCAACCGAAGAUGCCUGUGCACGAGGUUGAGUACGAGGCUCUCCUGCCUUUCGAUGACCGCACAUCUCUAGUUGAGUGCCACCUACAAACACCGAACUUCGCAACGACCGUGAACGAUGACGAUAGCAGCGACAGCAUGGUCAGUUACGACAUGACGGCAUCCGAGAUCUCGUUCAAUCCCGCACAGGCGGACACAGGGCGCGAUCGACCCUCCUCGGCUGUUCUCCCACGGUCAAGACCGAUAUCGCGGGAGCGCAAGGCUUCACUAGGCGAGUCACUUGGACCAUUGAACUCGAACCCGCCAGACAGCGUUAUCGAGGAAGACGAGGAGUUCGUGCCUCCCGUCCCGCCAUUGCCAGCCGGCUUGGCAAACGAGAACACAUGGAGCACCGUCUCCUCGCAAGACAACACGACGCCCUUGAAGCCGGCCAAGCGCAACCUGAAGAGCAGAGGCGGCGACAGCGUGCUGUCCUCCGUCCUAGGCAACGAGGAUGCGCCCCCUGUAGGGGACCUACAGUCUUUGCUCAAAGGCAUCGACAGCCGCGCCGGGGAGCACAGCCUCGGGAACGUGACGAAGCCGCCUUACUAA